CGCGGCUCCUCCUCCCUCCCCGCCCUCCUCGCAGGCCCGGGCGGAGCCACUCGGGCGCCCGGACGCGCAGGAAGGCGGGCAGGCGGAGGGUCAAAGAUGAGAAAACUGAUAGCUGAGUUACCACAGCUGUAAACUGCAUCUUGUUCAGAAGUUGCAUGAUGCUGAUCAAACAUUUGGCACACCAGGCACACAGAUUUCAGAAGCUGCCCUCUUGUCAAACUUACAGGCACCUCUGGGGAUGGCUGAAUGCAGUUUUUAACAAAGUAGACUAUGAACGGAUUCAGGCUGUUGGUCCAGACAGAGCAGCCUCGGAAUGGCUCCUGCGCUGUGGGGCGCACGUGCGCUACCAGGGCCUCGAUAAAUGGCAGCAAGAUUACAAUGGACUCCCUACAGGACCGUUAGGGAAGUACAAGAUACAAGCGAUCGAUGCCACAGAAUCUUGCAUCAUGAAACAGGGAUUUGAUCAUCUGGAUGGCCUGGAGCACGUUGAGGAAAUCAAGUUUUGUAAGUGUAUGUAUCUCCAGGAUGAAUGCUUGCAGCGGCUCAGCGAGAUCCAAAACUUACAGAGAAGCCUACUGCGUCUGUGGCUAAUUUCCUGUGGGAAUGUCACAGACAAAGGCAUUGUUGCUCUCCAUAAACUCAGUAAUCUGCAGUAUUUGUUCCUGAGUGACCUGCCUGGGGUAAAAGAGAAGGAAACGACUGCACAGAUCCUUAGGAAAUCAGUGCCCUCACUGGAGUUGGAAUUAGACCUGGAAUAAAAGGAAAUUCCACGUUA